AUGGUGGUUAUGUGGGGCUCUCCUCCCCAGAAGGGGGAGGCCUACCCACUAAAACCCCAGCGAUGGCCGCCAUCAGGCAUUGGGAGUUCUUCUCGGGGGAGUGUUCGCAACCUCCCCCAUCCACCCUCCUACGAUGACACCCCCCGGGGGUGUCGUCCCUCCCAGGUCACUUCCAUGAGCUCUGUCGUGCUCACCAGCGACCCGCAGCGGCACAUCAGGACAUUAUCUGACCCGACGCCGCCUUCUUCGAGCGGGAUCGGCCUUCUCCCGAUCCCGCUCGGCGGCCUCCUUCUGGAGCAUCACCGCUUCACAGAAGGAGACCGCAGCCUUCCAACCUCCCUCAUCCGCCAGCAUUGCCGCAAUCAAUGCUGGCGGAGACAGAUCCUGCCCUAUUUCUCCGACCAAGACUCGGCGUUCGGAGUCCCAAGCGGGACAAUCCGCCAGCGUAUGCUGGACCAAAUAAUGGCUAACGAAGGUUAUGAAUCAUUGCUUACUGAAGUGACAAUGCCAGGUCCUGACACCGAAGAUGAUAGCGGCUACAAGAAUAUGUUCGCCAGUGUCUGGCUGAAGACCGAACUGCUGGACGUGAAGACCGAACUCCUGGAUACUGCUGAGGAGAAGAUAAUAGACCUGGAAGGAAAUGUGGCGGAGACUAGUACAAUUGUUAAACAGGAGCCUAUCAGGAAAACGCUACUCCUACCAAAGUCUGCGCAGAGGCGUCAAUACACGAAGGAGUUUAAAUGUGAACAAUGUGAAUACACCACGGUUUAUAAGAAUUGUUUGGAUUUGCACGUAUUGGGCCAUGCCGAUACGAAGGGCCACAGAUGUACGCAAUGCAGUUUCGCCACAAAGCUGCCCAAUUCUCUACAAAGGCACAUAAAAACCAAACACACCGUGGACGUGAAACCUGCGCCAACAGUGAACUGCCACUUAUGCGACUAUACUACGGUGUACAAGUGGAACUUGCGUUCUCACAUGCGCAAACAUUCCGAGGAUAAACUUUACAAGUGCACGGAAUGCGAAUACGUAACCGCUUACAAACACAACUACCAGAAACACGCCAAGACUCACGCAAAGGGCAAGAACGUUGUGUUCAAAUGUGACAAAUGUCAUUUCAAAACCAAGUUCAUGGGCCACAUCACCAGACAUCUGGCGAAGAUACACAACGAGAUUACUGAAACUGCCUUCAGAUGUGCACACUGCGACUUUUCUACAGUAACCAAAUGGAGAUUGACCAUCCACUUGCACAGAAGCGGACGGAAAGAACUUAUUCGAUGCAAUAAUUGCGGUUUUGCAUCAUCGUAUGCAUGCGAAAUGAAAAAGCAUAGACGGGAUGAACAUUACAACUUGACUUUCUUGAAAACCGUUUUGGUGGAGCCCAGCGACAUGAAAAAUGAAAAAACAGAACAAUUAGAAGAGCUGACAGAGUCCAGUGAAGUAAGAGAAGAGACAAAAGACCAAUUGGAUGAAGUAGAAUAUGAGGAAUUCGAAGGAGCAAACGAAGAAGACUGCAACAAACCGCAGAAAAAGAAGAAAGGUGAAAACUUUGGAAAGUAUAAUACGAGCCCUGACUGCGUUGACUGGAAAUCCAUAAAAGUUUUGGAGUCCGAGGACAAAAGCAAACCGUUCCAAUGCAUCAGUUGCAAAUACAGUUCUCGAUUCAAAGCUUCAGUCCAACGCCACUACCAAAGGCAUCACACAGGUGACGAAACGAAACCGUACCAAUGUAUAAACUGUGACUUUUGUACCAAAACUAAAGAUCAGAUCGCUUUGCACAACAAGCGGAGUAAAUCUGGAAUCGUUUUAAAUUGCAAAGAGUGCAGUUUUCAAACUAAAUUCAAAUGCACUUUAGUUAUGCAUCAGAAGAGCCAUUACGCUUAUUCGUGCAGCGAGUGCAAUUACAAGUGCAAAAUUAAAUAUGAUCUAUCGAGGCACUAUAAUUAUGCCCAUUUGAACGGUGUUUGGAAAUGCAAAUACUGUGAUUAUAAGGCUCCUAGGAGAGACGGUCUUUUGGCACAUGAAACCAUUCAUACUGGUUACAAACCGUACUCUUGUGGUCUUUGCAGUUACACAUCAGUGAGAAAGUCCCUUCUCAACGUUCACUUGAGACGGUUUCAUAGUGAUACGAAAACUGGUAUGGUUGUUGUGAGUAAAGAUAAGAUUGAUGCGUUGAAAAUUGUUGAAGACAAUGAAGAUGAGGAGAAUAAUUUAUUGGGUUUUGAAGGUUUAAUCGGUUAGAAGACGAGUGUUUAGUGUUCUGUGUUGUGUUACUAUUGUUUCCGACGACUAGAAAUCAACUUUAACUGGCUGCAACAUUAAAGGCCAGCGAAAUGAGUGUGUAAGUGACAAUUAAAAUAAAGUAUAUCUAUUAGUAGUUAGCAGGGUUAAUUACUUUAAUGUUUAGUGAUCAUGAAAUUAUGAAAUAAAAGUUAUUUAUCAUAUUUAGUGCGGUAAGUUGCUUAUUACAAACGAGUUACCAUAGUCACAAGUUUGUAAAUACCAAUACCGCACGAAUGUAAUACAACGUUUUUCAACACAUUUGCGAGAAAACAGUUCAUAUACCUUAUUUAAGUAAUGAAGCAAACUUUUUCUAAUAACAAAAUGGCGCGUAUUUCGAAAUGGCGCCAUGUGGGCGUGGUGAAAAUAAGAACUACAUCUUUUGUCUCUAUUCUUUUUACUAUUAAAGUGAAACAAAGGUAUAGAUUAAAAGCGUUCCAAGAAGGUUCGACUGUAAUUUAAAAAAGAACGCAAAGGGUAACGCACGGCGCCAUGUAUGGGAGCGUGCGGUAAAACGUUUUACCACACUUUUGAACAAUGUAAAAAAAAAAAGAUUUUUUUAGCAAAUGUGUUGAAAGGAAGUCACAUGGUUUAAUUUGGAACCUGCCUAAGGUUGAAUAUUGGACGAAAACAGGCAUAUCUAUUUCUUAUGCAGCCGCUUCACUUGGCUAUAUGUGUUUGCUAUUUGCAAACUUGACAUCAGCCUGUCCUUUUCAUUCCUUUUAUAGCAUGAGAAGGACAGACUGUUGUCAUGUUUACAAUAUCAAAUAUAAAUGAGGAGUUGGCGAACAAAACGGUAUAAUAACGCAUCUGGACAAACAUUUUUUUUUUACAGUCCGGAGGUUUUAGCCCGUUGAAUUUGAAACUCAAAUAAUUUUCAAUCAAAACCGCCUCAAACAGUGUUAAAAUUACUAAAUUUAUAAAUUAAAAACCGUGCCAAAACCUCACUGUAGUUAUGUCAUUCAGUUUUAUACAGCUCCUGUAAAAUUUAAUUUUAUGUAAUUAUGCCGUUUUGUUCGCCUCUGAUAGUCUAGUAAAGUGCCUCCAUUAUGUUUUCGCACACACCAAUCAUUUAAUAAAACACUUUUUGAACAGGAAUGACAGUACAUUGCAGGUUUGCCACUACAGAGUGUUAAAAAGCCCAAACUUUUGGAAAAAUGUAAAAUUUACUGUUCGAAAAACGGUUUUAUUAAAGCAAACAAAUUUUUGAAGGAUAUUAUUGAAAAAAAAUACAUUAAAUCAUGUUUAUGGAAAGACAUUUAAUAUUCAAAUGUCAUAAUGUUAUAUAAUACGGAAAUAUUUUUACGAUUGUACCUUUUUUUUUAUUGGGCGUGUAAACUAGAAAUUUCGACUUUAUUGCAAUACAAAUGUUGUAACCAUAUUACUUACAAGGUAAAUAAGUUCCAAAUUAAAAUAUAUCAAUAGAAUAAUUAUAGAAAACAAUGUAUAAUUAUUUAGUUACGAGUAACUUGAGUGUGAUCAAUUCUUGUCAGAUUUUUUAUAUCAUUUCCCUGUUCAACUGUAAAUAAAACUGGGCCGACAAGAGUGAGAGAGACGCAAUGAUAAUGCGGCUAAUGUUUCGUUUAGGUAUUGGCUGCACCAACGCUAUCUUUCUUUCUGCAGACUUUAAUUUCAAGUCUCGAGUCGAGUGUAGGACUUCUAUAUUUGAAACUGUACAUAUUACUAUGAGCCUAUAUAGUUAUAGCCUAGAGUUAAGUUUUUACAUAUGUACUUUAUUUAAAAAUCAGUAUAUGAAAUAUAUAAAAUCUACUCUCUUCUCUACUAAUCUUUAAUCUUUUUGUUAUAUAUUAUUCCCUCCAAAAGAUUUCAAAUUUAUUUGAAUUGAAAACUAUGAACACUUGUUUUGCUGCUACAGAGUACAUACAUAUACUUCAAAAUACAAUGUAUACGUGAUGUUUAUUAGUUAUGUAACUAUUAUUUGUCAAUAAAUAAAUUCAUUGAACAUUAAAAAGUCGCAUUUUAUUUCAUAUGAGGGUCUUUAGAAAAACUUACGCUAGAUGGCGACACUGUGACGAGAUCUUUUAUAUGAAGUUCAUUGCUCGAAUUAAACGAAUGAGCAUUUAAAUUGAUCCACAGACGACAUACGCGACUUAACGGAUGAGGGAUGUAUAGUCUCAGUGCUGCCACCUGGCGCCCGACAUUCCAGAAAACCCUCAUUAAGAGUAGGAUGAACGAUAUAUAGAUCGAAAAUCAACUUCAGGGUCGUCCCUUAAUCGCGUGAUUUUUACUUAUUUGAAGCCCCCUUCCCCCCUCUUUCAGCGGUGAGUAAAGGUCGCGGUCUACUUGUUCAACAAAAAACAAAUAGGGGAAACUGCCCAAUCAUUGGCACUCUUCCUAU